AUGCGCGUCGGUACCAUGAACCCUUGGCAUCUCACCACCAAGAGAAGAAUCUGCCUCGACAUGCUCUUGUCACCACCCACCAACUCAAAGCCUCUUACACCGGCCACCAAUUGCCACCGUGGUCAUGACAUGAGGUUGCUGGACGUCCAAAUCUCGACGAAACGUCAAUUUGGAUCGUUCCCGCAGGCGUGGGAACCCAAGAUUGAGGGCCGAUGGUCCGAGUACCACAGCACCACCAUCGACGCGGUUCACCACCACACAAACCCCAAUUUCUCCAACUCGCUUGUCGUCCCUUGCGUCUUGCGUCUUGCCCUCCAGUGCCCUCCUGAGUGCGGCUCCGACUAA